AUUACGAGUUGGACAAAUUUUACGAUAUAUUCUUUUGUAAGGCAAAAGAAGACGACGCCGUUCCAUAUAAGGGGUAAUUCAGAUUAUAGCAGCGUAUCAUGAUGAAUCUCCCUCCGGCCUCCAUCUCGCUCUUUUAAAUUUCAUAUUUCCGGAGAGAGAUUUGAAAUUUCUUCGAUUAAAACAUGGACAAUCCUAAAGUUCAAGAGAUCUUGGAGAAGCAAGUGUUAACAGUAGUGAAAGCGGUGGAAGAUAAGAUAGACGAUGAGAUCUCAGCUCUCGAUCGGCUUGAUUUGGAGGAUAUUGAGGUUCUCAGGGAGAGGAGGUUACAACAGAUGAAGAAGAUGGCGGAAAAGAGGCGACAGUGGGUUGCGUUAGGUCAUGGUGAGUAUACAGAGAUUCAGGCCGAGAAGGAAUUCUUUUCUGUUGUGAAAGCUAGUGAUCGUGUCGUUUGCCAUUUUUAUCGCGAAAAUUGGCCUUGCAAGGUGAUGGAUAAACAUUUGAGUAUAUUGGCAAAGCAGCACAUAGAGACACGCUUUGUGAAACUCAAUGCAGAAAAAAGUCCAUUUUUGACCGAGAAACUGAAGAUUGUUGUACUUCCUACCCUGGCCCUUGUCAAAAAGGCCAAAGUGGAAGAUUAUGUGGUAGGAUUUGAUGAACUUGGUGGGACAGAUGACUUUGGCACAGAGGAACUUGAGGAUAGGCUGGCCAAAGUUCAAGUUAUCAUUCUCGAGGGUGAAUCAUCUUUAAGGCCAUCCAAGUCCAGUGCUAAAACCAGAAGUGUGAGACAAGGAACAAAUCCAGACUCCUCUGAUUCAGAGUGACUGUGGGUUGGUGAUCGUAAAUCCAACAUCUGUUGAAAAAUCUGUAGUCUUUAGUAUCUUGCUUCAAGCCCCGAAACUUUGUUGUAUUGAGUUUCAUAAUGCAAACAAAUGUUCUAAGAUCACAAGUGAUGCAGAGUUAAAUCACAUCCCAGUACACCAGGUCUUGUGUAUCCUAUCAUAACUUUUAGAUCUUUAUCAAAGCAUUUCGUGUUAUGCUUCA